CUGAGCAGCACAGCUGAAAUACUGACACUCUCCUGCAGUCUAACAUGGGAGCAAUCGUCUCCCUUUCAAUUUGUAAAUCAUUAUCUUCUAUUCAAGUCAGGCACACAACAAAUAAAGUCUCACCAAGUCUACAGUUCAGCAGAGAAAGAAGCACGUUUGGUGUUCCUCUGGAAACCCUCAUGCAGGAUACAAAGCAUUGCGGAGUUCCUUUUCUUGUGGCACAGAUGGUGGAGUACCUAGAAGUGUUUGGUCUGGAGCGUGUUGGUAUAUUUCGUAUCGGUGGCUCAGUAAAAAAAAUCAAGGAAUUAAAGCAGAAAUACAACCAAGGAGAAAAAGUAGACCUUAUUAAUGAUGGAGAUGUUGAUUCUGUGGCCAGCCUCCUGAAACUCUUUCUGAAAGAAUUGCCAGUGGCUGUUUUUCCAGACAACAUCUCUUCUGGCUUGCUAAAAACUUUUCAAGAGCACAAAAUCCACAUAACAGAAUGCAUAGAGAACCUGAGGCAGUUGCUCAGCUGCCUGCCCGAAGCCCAUCAAAACCUUCUUCGGUUCCUGUCUGCUUUCCUGCUAAAGGUAGCAACAUACAGUGCAGUGAAUCUCAUGACUCUGGAAAACCUAGCCAUUGUGUUUGGACCCGCUCUUUUCAAGAUCCCUGUCAGUCCCUUGGCUUGUGAAGAACAAAGGCUUUACAAUGGCCUCCUGCUGUAUUUGCUUCAACACUAUGAGAAGCUUUUUGUUGACCUGACCCCUUGUUUCCCACAGAGGCAAGCAGAUGGCCUUCAGGAGAACAAUACAGAAGAUAGAGAGACAGACAGACUCGUGUUAUUAAGCAUUCAGGAUAAUUCCUUCAACACGACAGCUUUAGCAGAGUGUGAUGGGGAUUCAGACUCUGUACAUGAAGAUCAAGCAGCCACUUCCAGCCCCAGAGAUGAUGAUAACAAAGAAAAUUACCCGGACAAUGCUGGUGUCUUAGAGGAAAGGCAGCUGCCUUUGCAAGAUACUCAGCAGCACAAGCAGCAGGCGGUAAUUGACUACACUCUAGAGCCUGAAAUGGGCAACUUAAAGCUAAGAAAACCUAAGCCCAUUGCAAAGCUAGAAAAUGGAAAAAGCCAUGAGGAAAGCCAGGAGCUGGAAAGCACAAUACCAGGCCUCUCAGAGUGGCAGGAGAAGGCUGGAUCCUCAGGUGAUGACAAUGCACAGAACAUGGCUUUCAGAUGCCAGGAAGCAGUCGUGAGAUUUCAACCAAGAAUAGACCAGAACACAUGCACUUUACCAGAAGAAGAAACUGAGCAAUUUAACAGCUUAAAUGAGAAUUCUUUGUUGAAGCUACAAGCCCUUGAAACCGAUCUGUGCUCUGCGUUUCUGCCAACCCAGGAAGAAUCCCCUCAGCUGCCGGCACCCAAGGAUCCAGCCCCUUCAUCAGUCCAAACCAGUGUGCAAGCUGAUGGGGCCAGUAGUGGAGAGCAAUAUCACUUCAUUUCUCCUAUUAUUGAUUUUAAUUUAAUGCAUCAGCAGAGAGAUAGCGAAGAGCCUGUGCCAGCCCACAGAGACUGGCAGAAUGACAUGGACAGCAGCCCACAAGAACAUCACUCCCAAGGGACCAGUCGCCUGCUGUAUCACAUCACAGAUGGAGACAAUCCCCUCUUGUCACCACGCUGCUCUAUCUUUAGCCAAAGCCAGAGAUUCAAUCUAGACACAGAGUCUGCCCCUUCUCCACCAAGUGCUCAACCUUUCAUGAUGCCAAGAAGUUCUUCUAGAUGUAACUGUGAAGAGUGCAAAGAACCACAAACAGUAGCACAACUUACCAAGCACCUUCAGAGUCUCAAGAGAAAAAUUAGGAAGUAUGAAGAAAAGUUUGAGCAAGAAAAAAAAUACCUGCCUUCGCAUGGUGACAAGACUUCCAAUCCUGAAGUUCUGAAAUGGAUGAAUGAUUUGGCCAAAGGUCGUAAGCAGCUCAAAGAGCUGAAACUCAGAAUGUCAGAAGAACAAAACUGUACCUCUAGAGCACCCCAAAGAAGUUAUCAUAGUGAAAGCACUGGGACCUCUAAAGAGGCUGGGACACAGGAGGCCACAAGCACAGAACCAGCUCCCUCAGUAGAAGAAACCAUGGAUAGUGUACUGAGACGAUUAAAGGAGAAAAGACAACACUUUAACCUUCCUGAGACCAUUAAGGAUAUGACAAAAAAGCAAAUGGCUUUGGAAAAAAUCAGUCUUCAGAAAUGUCUACUAUAUUUUGAGAGUAUUCAUGGACGACCUGUAACUAAGCAAGAAAAGAGUCUCAUGAAACCUCUUUAUGACAGAUACAGAAUUAUCAAGAAACUUCUUGCAACUCCAUCAUUGAUCACAACAAUUCAGGAGGAGGAAGACUCAGAUGAAGACCAUUCUCAAAGCAGCCAUGAGUUAUCAUCCGGUCCAAUAUCUUGCCUCCCUGUCGAUGAGCACCUGUGUUACUCUCAGGAGGAGAGUGAGCCUGCAUAUGUUUCACCUCUGGAUGAAAAGAAAGUUUUCAGGCAAACAGCAUUGUCUAUGUCCAAUUUACAUGAGGCAACAAUGCCUGUUCUGCUUGAACAUCUCAGAGAAACAAGAGCAGAUAAGAAAAGGCUUCGCAAAGCUCUGAGAGAGUUUGAGGAACAAUUCUAUAAACAGACAGGAAGGAGCCCUCAAAAGGAAGAUCGGGUGCCAAUGGCCGAGGAAUACUCUGAAUACAAGCACACAAAAGCCAAAAUCAGGCUCUUGGAGGUUCUCAUCAGUCUUGGUUUGCCGCACAAUUAUUUGACACACUGAGAUUUUUGAUGCACUUUACCAAUUAUACUAGGUGGUAUGAGAGAGGACAGCAAUAUGCAAGAAUAUUAAGCACGGGUGAGUGGUCUAUAGUAUAUAUUUUUUUCCUUUUGAAAAAGCCUUGAAGUGCACUGUGAGAAUGUUAGAAAUUAAAGGGACACUGAAGUAUUGCAGGUCCUCAGUUUGACCUGAUCUCAGUUUUAAAAGCGUGAGGAAAUGCUCUCCAGGGUUUUAGUACAUCUUAGUACAUGAUAAAGUACCGCACAUUUCUUUCCAGAAUUAACACGCACUAUAAUUAACUAUUAAUACCGGUUCCUAAUGUGCUGAUUCACUACAUUAAAAGAAACAUGAGCUUAAAAGAAAUGAAGGAAGAACUCAUGAAUGGACUCUGUCUUUCAAGAGUUGCCAUUCAAUUCCAGUAGCUUCAAAGAAAGGUGCAAACAAAGAACCAGUGCCAGGAUUUGGUCUAAAAGUCUGGGAGUAGAGCAAAGUGAUGCUGCCUAUGCAAAAAAAGAAAGAUGGAACAUGACUGCUAAGAGGAACGAUUUUUUUUUCUUUUUUUUUGAAAUAAGAGAAAGUGUUUGGCAAAACAAAAUAGAUACAGGUUACUGGGAAGAGAUAAAACAGGUGUACUGGCUGCUGUCCUUUUCACUAUGGUUCACAGGACCUGGCUCAUGGUACUUAAAAUUCAGUAAAUAUAUAUGCUAAUUUUUGUUUCUGUAUUAAACUUUGCACUUUAUUUUGCCUGACGCUAUACCAUUUGCUUUUCUACCAAAGCUCAUUUAGACGCAUGCACUUUGUAAAAAUGUCAAAGUAUUUCUUGUGUUAUAAAUUGCCACACAUAUAUAUUAAAACAAGGCUAGAUUAUUGCAUUAUGCUAAGAUAUUUUGGAUAAAUAAAGUACAUGGUAUAUAAUUGUCACAGCUAUCUGAUGAGGAAUGCUAGGCUUCUUGUUUACUAAAAAUAAGAUUAUAAAACAGCUAUUUUUCCAUUGGAAUUAUGCAGCUUUCUUAACUUUCUGAGCACCACACUUUGUAAUAUUAAGGAGACUUUUUUUCACUAUCUGUGAUAGACCAUUUGUGUGAAAAGUGGACUAUUAACAGAAGGAUAAUCAGUGGGUUUUUGUACUAGAAAUGAAAAGCAGGGAUUCUGGGAAAUACCUAGUCCAGACGUAAAGGAAGGAAGAAUAAAAUUUAAAAAAAACAAAACAAAACAAAGGGACUUGAAUAAGUUGAAUCAUGUUUAGUGGUUAGCUUUAACUGUCAUUUCGUAUCGACCACAUAGUAUAAGCAACUUGUUUUGUAUCUUGGUGAGAGGAUUUUCAUUUUAUAAAGCUUAUUAUGUACCAACCAUGUUUGUAUUUAUAUUGUAUGUAAUGGCUCGGCAUGAUUUUGAAGACGUACACAUUUUCAAGUAGUUCGGAGGAAAAGUAUGACCACUAAAAAAGGAAUUUUUUAUUUCUCACAGGUUUGUUGUUUCAGUGUACUGACUGAAUAAU